ACCGGCAAUUGGUGGUUUGUAAGAUGUUGUAAAAUUCGACACGUCAACUAUUGUGUUGGAAAAACUUACCUAUACUAUUCUAAACUGUACUAUACUAUUUAUUUAAUAAUUCAUUUAUAAGGAAAUGUGACAAGUUCAUUACACAGACUCUCAGGCAGCGUUGCUGAUAUUGGAGUCUAUACUAUAUUGAUACAUGUACUAUACUAUACUAUUAUAAUAAUAUAUACUGUACUAUACUAAUUUGUUUCGGUUCUACAAUCUUAAAUCAAGUAAUGUCGAGUCAGUUUUCUCCCAAUCACAUUUGUUUAAAGAAACAUCGCGUCUCUUAAGUGCUGUUGGUUUGUGAGACUAAUACCAGCAUGAUCUUGAAUGUUUCAACUGCAGAAAUCCAGGUUUCUGUUCUCACAUGAUUGGUUACCAGUUAAGAUAAGAUGGCCCUGAGAUAAACGUUUUAACACAGAUCACCGUUAAGAUGAAGGAGGAAAUCUUUUGCUACCCUUUCUGUAUCGUUUUGCGGGGAAGGAGACAUGAGGGGGAGGAGACAGGAAGGGGAGGAGUCAGGCAGUCUGGCUAUAAAAGGCGCGCAGAUCUACGGUUUACGAUAGACCGCGGAGGGAACCCAGCUCAGAGACGUCCCUGCACCGAAGUCUCGUCAACCGCCGCCAGAGCUGCGCACGACUCAGUCGGGAGGACCGACACUCGUCAGAGCAGCGCCCGUCGCACCGUCACCAGCACUGUCUGUACCCGACCCUCGUCAGGAAAGCCAAGCAACUGACAACUAAUGGACCCGCGAGUGGCGGUACCCGUGGGGCUGCUGGUUCUGCUCGCUCUCGCUGCUGGCGGGACGGCUCAAGGUGUGUGGCUGGAACGGGGUCCGUCAUGGGUUGUGGACUCCACCGGCACACCGUGGGUGGAAAACGGAGUGACGUAUGAUGCCGCAAAAGCCUUGGAUGGAGACACUGGGACCUACUGGAACACCGAAAGCACGGGCCAUAACUACAACAACUGGUACAUUGUCCUGGACCUCGCAGCGCCACAUACUAUCACUCGCGUCGCUGUUAACAACUAUGGAGACACAACCCAUGACACUGCAGUCUUCACGCUGCAAAAGUCGCAGGUUGGGAGUCCGUACAACUGGGAGGACGUCGUGACCGUUACUACCGUGCAGGGAGGGACGGACCAGCGGCAGGAGUUCGGCGGGUUCCAGGGUACAGCUCGGUAUUGGAGGUUCCUAAUUACCGAGACCCACUCGGGCUGGCAGCCAUGGCUCACAGAGCUGGACUUCUACGGAGAUGUCGACGAAUGUGCAGAUGGCACAGACAACUGCCACGCCCAGGCAACCUGUACCAACACGGACGGCUCUUUUACAUGUGAUUGCACUGAAGGGUACAGUGGAAAUGGAGUCAACUGUACUGAUGUCGACGAAUGUGCAGAUGGAACAGACAACUGCCACGCCCAGGCAACCUGUACUAACACGGACGGCUCUUUUACAUGUGAUUGCACUGAAGGGUACAGUGGAAAUGGAGUCAACUGUACUGAUGUCGACGAAUGUGCAGAUGGCACACACAACUGCCACGCCCAGGCAACCUGUACCAACACGGACGGUUCCUUCAUCUGUGAAUGUACCGACGGUCACGGUGGAGAUGGAGUCACGUGUGCUGAUAUCGACGAAUGUGCGAAUGGCACAGACAACUGCCAUGAUGACGCAACCUGUUCUAACACAGACGGGGGAUUCAACUGUACCUGUUACGAAGGGUACGCCGGAGAUGGGGUCACCUGCACAGGCUUGUCUGACCUAGUCUUCACGGAUGUCGGGAUGGACUACGUGACCCUGUCCUGGACGGCGUUUGUUAACAUGAAUAUAACCCGGUACCGGCUGCGCUAUCGUCCCACCGGGGCCUCGCACCGGGACCUGUCUCCCCCGCCCUCCCCGGGCGACACCGCGGCCACCGUGCCCGGACUGUGGGCAGACACAGAGUACACCUUCACCCUGACGGCGUUUGGAGAUGGCGACCAGGAAAUCGGAGAGAUAAGUGGGACAAACACAACAGCCGAGGUUAUCGUGAACGUGGAGUGCCAUGAGGACCACAUGACCGUGACCUUCCCCAGAGCGGCGCUACCAGCGGUAGAUGUGGACAACAUGCACCUGCUGGACGCCAGCUGCGGCGCCACGGUUACAGACACGGAGGUGACUCUGCGGGCAGGUCUACAGGACUGCGGGACCAUUCAGGAUUCGUCAGAAGCUGACAAAUUCAUCUUCACCAACGAGGCCAUCGCCAGUCAGCUGACGUCUGACAACGGAGCCGUGAGAGGAACCCCUUUCAGCAAAAGGUUCCGGUGUGAGUUCCUCCGUCAGUACGUGGUCGCACAGGGGAGGGAGAUUCUCUACAACAUCCCGUCUCCUCGUGUGCAAGUUGUGGACGCGGAAAACAGCUUCACCUUUGAGAUGCACAUGUUCACUUCGUCAGACUUCACUGCGACAUACAACUCAGACGACUACCCUGUGCAGGUGACCUCAUCGGACCGUCUGCACUUCGGGUUGAGCGUGAACUCACCUCUGAACGACCUGCAGCUGUUCGCUCUCCGCUGCCUUGCCACGCCCAGUACCGACCCUGACGACUCUCCCAGCGUCAGCAUUAUCCAGGACGGGUGUGACGUCGACACCACGCUUCAGCUAGACACAGAACGGUCUAACGACAUGGCCUUAUACUACUCCAUCCAGUCCUUUACAUUCCCCAACAUUGAUGAUCCCAGUCUGGUGUACAUCCAUUGCACCAUGGUGGUCUGCUUCCAGAGCGACCCGGACUCGCGGUGCAGUCAGGGCUGCAUCCCGCCCAGCCGGCGCAGGCGCGCUGUGUCCGACCUGAGCGAAGCCCGCGUCCGACGUGCCAGCGAAACGGACCACAUAACAACCAUCAGUCAGGGACCCUUCAAAGUGGAGAAUGGACAAGAAGAAGCCGCCCCCCUCCCCACUGUCGGCAUCGCUGUGGGCACAGCUGCGGGGAUAGCCGGAGUCCUGCUGGUGGCUGCUGCUGCCUUCCUGGUGAGGAAGAGACGCGGACGUGGCGCCAAGGAGCAGGCCGAGGAUCGUGUCGGCUUUGACAACUAUUCGUUUGAGCUCUGGGGAAAGGACAAGGCUGCCAGCGCCACCCCCAAACCCGAGUAGUCGUUUCUGGAGUGAGGCACGAAAUGUCAGCAUGAACGUUGGACUUCACACCAAAUCUCUCGCUCCCUUUCUCAACGUCUCUUUUUCAAU